AUGGCUGAUAAAGUCAUUUCGCUGCUCGGCGACAAGGCCGUAUCGGCUCAAGAGGCCGCUCAGAAGCUUACCGACCCUAGCAGAACCGCCUUUGUCAAAGAUGGUGAUCUGUCCCGAUUCGAAGAGGGGCUUAACGCCCUUUGGUACAACAUCCUAUCUGCCGCCGAGAAGACCCCUCAUGACCAGCAGGAUAAGCUUGUGGACGUGAUGCGCGCCAUCAAAGGCAUGCCGGAGCCUGUCCACGAAGGGAAGAAGAUUGAGAUUUGGGGUCAGGAGACGCGCUGGGAUGAGCUUCCCAUGUUUGGGGCUCUAACCCGGGAGCGGCUGGACAUUGCUCAAUCAAGGUCGGGUCAGGCGUUUGUCAACAUCAAUGCCUUCUUUGCUCGGCUUACGGCUGCCAAUAUUGAAGACAAUCUUUUGUUCGCCAUCUGGGUCUUCCGUGAUGGACUCGAGGAUCCUGCAGAGGAUGAGAUUGCACAAAAGACUUCGCCCGAGCUACUGAAGGCAGCUGCAGUCUGGUUCAUCUACGCAGCUGAGAGCUUGGCAAAGGCCAGAGAUGAAGCGGAGCAGUUUGAUGGCAAGGUGGCAAGACCAGGAGAAAGCUUGUCGGCAUUCAAAGAUGUGCCUGGAUGGAGAGGCUUUUGCCCGGAUCGAUGGAAUGUGUGGAAGGCUCGGCUCUCAUCUCUUGAGAAGACGGAAUCGCUGGCAGAUGCCCAGCCUCUGAUUGACCAAGCGCUGGAUAAGCUGAACAAGGUUUAG